AAAGCCAAAUUUGGAUGAGUUUACUUGCCUCCAAAGAAAGGACAUUUCAGUAAUAACAACCCCGAACCUUCUUCGAAAUUACUAUCCACAUUCACCCUCGUUCAAAUAAUAAUAUCAAACAUUAAAAUUAAACAUUAUAAAUAUAAAGUCUAGGUUCUAUAAAUUAUUCCUAAUCUUCAAUCUUUCUUUCUUUCUGCGUUCGAAGAAACAAAUACAAAAAUUCAAUGGCUUCAUUCACUUCGUUUUUCGAUACAACAAACCGAUGGAAUUUCGAUGCUCUCAAGAACUUCGGUCAGAUUUCUCCGGUCGUUCAGAAUCACCUCAAACAGGUUUAUUUGACCCUGUGUUUCGCUGUGGUUGCUGCUGCUGUGGGAACUUACGUUCAUGUACUCUUCAACCUUGGCGGUUUUCUCACCACAAUAGCGUGUGUUGGAACUAGUGUUUGGUUACUCUCAACUCCUCCUUUUGAAGAGCGAAAAAGGUUGACUUUGUUGAUGGCCGCAGCGUUAUUUCAGGGUGCCUCUAUUGGACCCUUGAUUGAUUUGGCUAUUCAAAUUGAUCCAAGCCUCAUCUUCAGUUCAUUUGUGGCAACUGCCUUGGCCUUUGGGUGUUUCUCGGGAGCAGCUUUGGUUGCUAAGCGUAGGGAGUACCUGUACCUUGGUGGCUUGCUUUCUUCUGGGCUGUCCAUUCUUCUUUGGUUGCACUUUGCUUCUUCCAUCUUUGGAGGUUCAAUGGCAAUCUUUAAGUUUGAGUUGUAUUUUGGGCUUUUGGUGUUUGUGGGUUACAUUGUAGUUGACACACAAGAAAUAGUUGAGAAGGCACACUUUGGCGAUCUGGAUUAUGUGAAGCAUGCUCUGACCUUGUUUACUGAUUUGGUUGCAAUUUUUGUCCGGAUUCUAGUUAUCAUGUUGAAGAAUUCAGGCGAGAGAACUGAAAAGAAGAAGAAGAGGAGAGAUUGAUUUUCUCAUCAAUCAAGCUUGUUUGACAAUUCGUGUUUAAUCUUUGGAACAUAUACAUAUGACAGCUAUCUGUAAAGUUUUCUCCACGUCUUGAACUUGUUCCCGCUGUGCAGUUAGCCGUGUUUCUGCUUUAUAGUACAUGCUGAAAAUUUAACAUGUAUUUUUAGUUUUCUAAUAAGAGAGAUUAUUACAUAACAUCAUUCUUGAAGAUGGAGAGUGACAGAACAGAAAGGUAGUAGGGGUAGAAAUUAGUGAAGAUCCAUCACAAAUUCUUUGUCCAGGGUCUUGUGAGAUAUAUUUAUUCAUUUACCAUGGAACUUUUUUCUACAUGAAUUAGGAGGAUUCCUUGUAGCUUAGUAUAUAUCAGGUCAAUAAACAUUAAACGAUUACGGAAAUCACUUUUUGAUUGAA